GGAGGAGGAUGCAGGCCAGCCCGGCACUCCUGCUGAAAAUGGCGGCUGCAGAGGCAGACAUGUGCGGAGGUGAAGGCGGCGGCGGCGCGGUGUCCGCUCCGCGCGCGAGCCUCCAUCACGCAUCCGCUCCUCCGCGCGGAGCGUCCGCUCUGCAGCCCAUCACUCCAGCACCGGAGACAAUAGACGGUGAAAGAGAUGGGGAGAGGGGAGGAGGGAGGAGGCGCUCCUGGCUGAUGUGACUCCCCCCUCCUCCUCCUCCUCUCACUCCUUCUCCUCCCCAUUCCUCCGAGUCCACAGGCUCGUCAAGCAGAGAAAUAAACAGAAUCGAGCGCUGAGAGGAGAGGACGUUCCUCCCUCCCCUCCCCCCUCACGUAUCUGUCCAUCUCCAUCCCUUUCUUUCAUGGACAGGAAUUUUCCCGCUGCAGGCUUCGGGGAGCUCGGGGCUGGAGCGGGAUGGACCUACGACAGAAAACCCAGCCUCAUGUACGGCAGCUCCAGGUCAUCCCACCCGGACUCAGAACUCCUCCACAGGCAGGCCUACGCCCCCCCUCACCCGCUUCAAGGCUAUUCAACCAACCACCAUCCAGGAAGACAAGGCGGAGGAUGGGGCACUGCUGGUCGCACCAUCGGUCUGUCAGGCCUGUUUGAUGCCAGCCUCCAUCAUGCUGGCCCCUCGGCCCCUGACCCCUCUGUCAUGAACCUGAUUUCCGCUCUGGACUCCCGCGGUCCACAGUCUGCACCCCCCGCUUCCUCCCUCCUCUCUCAGUUUCGUAAUCCCACCUGGCAAACCGGUAUGCACACGCCGGCCCCAGCAGACCUCUUCAUUGCUGGGACACUCCCAGGUUCCAGUUCCUUCCCCUCCUCCUCAGCCCUCUCAGCGUACCAACCUCCUGGCUCCUUUUCUGGACGAUCUUUCACUCCCUCGCUGUCCUUACAGGAUGCCCCCACAUACAGCCCAUCCUCCAGCAGUUUGGUUUCUCCCCAUGAUUCUUUGCUGCACAUGAAAACACCGUCCCAGUCCAGCCUGGGCUUUGAUCGCUUGUUACCGUCUCAGAGUGCCGCAUACAGGGGUUCCCAUGAGCCUUCAGUUCCUCCUCACGCCCAAACUCCUUCCUCCUCCUCCAGCUGUCACUUGCCAUCCCCCAAAUUCAACCUGUUAUCCUCCCAUCUCCACAAUCGCUCCUCUCAGCUCUAUAAUACUUCCAUGUUUUCUUCAUCUCCAGGCCUCCCCCCUGCACCUUCCUCCCAGUCCCAAACUCCCUCAGAGAUGGCGAUUUCUCGGCAUGACAGUGUGAUCAAGCAUUACCAGCGCUCCUCACCUGCCCAGUCCUCAGCCCUGCAGCAAUAUGCCAGUUAUGGUGGAUCAUCAGAAUACCACCAGGCUGUCAGCCACCACAGGCAUGCUGGGGUGUCCUGCAGUCCUCUAGGGGAACAGAGCCCCCCUACUGACCCCAAAUUAUCACCACAGAUGGAAUCCCAAACCUACUCCCCAAUUAUCCCGACUCCCUACUCAUCUUCGUCCUCUGGUCAUUCUGCUUCCUCUUUAUCUGUCACAAAGGGAACCAAAUCUUCAAGCUCCACCAGUGGCUACUCCUCCUCUGGCUCAGCAUCAUCCUCUUCCCAAAACCCCCACACUCCACCAUCAGCAUCCUCCACUUCUUCUUCAUGCUCCUCUAGUUCCAAAACAAGCAACAGCUCCUUUUCUGUUCCGUCUUGUCAGCAGCUGCCCUCUCAGUCCGCCACAGCACCACCACCCCAAUCUGGGGUGUCGUCUACACUUAUGCAACAUACAGCUGCCAAACAAUGUUUGUCCAGCCAUGCCUCUCAAUCUGUGGCCAAAUCAGGUGCAAGCCUGUCAGACAGCACACAUCCCCAACACCAUUCCCAGCCCUACUCCCCCAAUCAGCCUCCUUCUACACAUAUUACCCAACCCUACAGAGACUUCAGCUCACCUCACACCCAAGACAUGAGCACCACGGCAGGGUCUUCAGGGGGAAAGGUGUUCACUGGGGUACCUCCAGGAGGACGCUCUUUCUCUGCUGAAAUCAUCUACGAGGACUCCAGUUUUUGCUCAACUUCUCUCAAGAGAUCAAGCAGUCCGUCUCUAGGAUACGGGAGUGAAUCAGCGGGCAGUGGACAUGCAUCAAGUGUUGCUGCCCACAGCAGUGGAGUUGGAUCGGCAGGAUCAGGGAGUGGGGCUGCUAGCAUUGGUAAUGAAAGCAAUGGCUCAUUCCAUCCACCUGAUUGUAGUACCUCACCAUCUGUCACUUCUGCCCUCACGCACCCUGCGUUGCCCUCCCCUGCUGCCAAUGAAUGUCUUUCACAGUCCCCUGGAGCCCCUGGGUCUGCAAAAUACCUGCCCCCUAUCCUAUCUUCUGCCUUCAUGUCCUCACCACAAGGAUUUCAAAAUCCAAGCCAAACCUACCACUCAACCCCGUCAACGCCCAAGACAGAAACAAAUUUGCUGGCAAUUGAUCGGUCCAGAGACGAGGAAGAGAGCAGUGACUUCCUAAUCCACCACCUGCUGAAUACUCAGAGCUCAAGCCCACAUCUCUCUCAGCUUCACUCACGUCCACAGCAGCUGCCCCAAUCUCUGUCUCAGAGCAGGUAUGGGGAGGGCAAAGGAAUGACUUAUGACCUUGAAAAGGCUUCAGACGAGCACUACCACGCUCAGAGCGUCAUUCGCACUGGUAAUGCCACCAGCAGUUCAGGGCCUGCAACGUCAACUUGUGACACAGCAAGCGUCUCAAACAGACACUUGGAAACAUCUCAGAUGAAACAGCAGACCAAGAUAGGGCUGGCCAUACCAAACAGCACUGCUGGGGUGUUGCGAGGGGCUGAACCUGUAUCACACUCCCAGCACAACGAAUUGGGUUCUGUUGUUCACUAUGGAAGAGGGGACCUCUAUCCGCAACACUCACAUUCUCAGCACUCUCAUCACACGUCACACAUUUCCUCCCAUUCCCAGCAGCACACUCAACAUCCCCAACAAAUAUCCCAACACUCUCAACAUUCCCAACAAAGCCUUUCAGGUUCCCACUCUCGCAGCAACUCCCACGUGGAGCUUAACAAGCCUUCAAAUGCAAGCGACAACAGCUAUCUGUGCAACACACCUAGUAUUCAACAGGCUCAACAAAACCAAGCCCCCCAUUCUCUGAUGGAUUCAUCACCAAAUCCUCCUCACCCAUCUCAGAGCUCAUUGAUCUCCCAUAACACCCACAGCAAGAUGGAGUCCCAGCAAUCUCUUUCAAAGCAGCACUCUCUGAAUCAGGCAGGCAUGGUAGUGGGUUCAUCUGGAGGAGUGGGACCACUGGGGUUGGAAUCCCACUCUCAAAGCCACUCCUCACAACUGCAACUCCACCUUCAGAACCAGAGUGUUGACACCUGCUUCAACCUUGCUGGCCAACCAAGAAACCCCACGCAAACCAACCAAAACUCAUUGUCUUCUCUAGACAUGUUGGAACAGUCUCUCUCCUGUGCCAACAGUAUGGAAAGUGGAGGACCUCUGGACACAGGUGGGACAGGGGUGACUAUUCCUUUAAGGAAAGAUGAUGGUGAAGAGAGGCCUAGACAGCAUCACAAGCUUACACCCCACCAUCAGUCGCAACAAAAAGGGGCCGACAUUCACGAUUUUCUCGCAGAACCAGAUAUGAGUCUCUCCCCAUCGUCACACCUUCAUUGCCUCAACCAGCCUCCAGUUCAUGCACAGUCACAUGGCCCCCACGAUCAACAAACACUCACUCACCACCAGAUGACACAUGCUCAGAUGUCUCACCAUCACCCCCACCAAAUAGCAGCAAACAUGGGGACCCCCCAACAAACCCAGCAACCACAACCAAUAGAGCAUGAAGCCCAGCUGUCGCACUCCCAGGUAGAUCAGCUCAAACAGCCCCAGUUUGACUCAAUGACUGUGGCAGAUAAAGUAGGACCGCAUCAAGGCCAGCAGCAGCGGUAUCCACCAAUGACAUCCAUCUGCUUUCCAGAUUCUCUACUGCAGGAUGAAGGGCGGGCUUUUUUCCCUGAGAUGGAGGACAUCUUUUGCUCAUCAGAGUUUAAGUCGAGCUGUGUCGGGGACUGUAGGGCAGGGCAGAUUGGUCGGGACAGCCUCAGUCAAGCACGUCAGUGUGUGAAGUCCGGAGGGACUGGGGAAGAUUACGGCGUGGUGGGUUCUCCCUCUGAUCAAAGUUAUGGACAGUACUGCCAUAACAUGCUGGGACAAGGCGGUGGCAAUCUCCACUUAGACCUCGACUCUCUGAAAACCCAUGAGCUUCCAUCCACAGUGAACACCGAACAGCUGGGUCUGAUCCAAUCCCAAACUCCCACUCUUGGAUUAGGUUCAGGGGAGAGCUCAGUCAGCAAAAUGAUGGGGGCUGUUGGUGGCAGUUCCAACACAAGUGGUCUGACUUCUCCUAUUUUCUGUUCCACGCGUCCCAAAAAACUGCUAAAGACCAGCUCAUUCCAUCUGCUCAAACAGCGGCGUGAGCCGCAACCCCAGACAAAGAAAAACUAUGCCCAAGAGUAUGAGUUUGAGGAUGAUGAAGAUAAAGCUGACGUGCCAGCAGACAUUCGACUCAACACGCGACGCCUCCCUGACUUAUUACCUGACUUGGUGUCAAGUUGCAGGAGGGGUGGAGGUGCAUCGGGGGUCAGCGGGUUCAAUCCAGUCAUAGGUGACUUGGACUUUUGCCGUGCUUCCAGUUACUCUUCCCUUGGAAACCCUCCACAACUCCCCCCCCAUGAUGGUCCUAAGAAAAGAGGGCGAAAACCAACAAAACCAAAACGGGAAGGCCCUCCUCGCCCACGAGGUAGGCCACGCAUACGCCCCCUUCCAGAGCCCCCUUACUGCAGAGGCUUGACGGGAUCAGUGGCUGGCGAAACGAGAAGGGGCCGUGGGCGGGGUCGAGGGCGUGGCAGACGAGAGGAAGGCCUGGUUAAGACUCACCGAGAUGUCAACAAAACACAAAGCCUCCCAUAUCAGCAUCAACAACAGUUUAACUCACAGGCCAAUCUCCAACACCCACCACCAUACAGCCAGCACGCAGACCGCCAUCAAGCUGCGCACCAGCAACCGCAGCACCACCUGUACCAACAGUCGCAGGGUUCCUGCUCUCACCAUCAGCUUCACCCUCAGCAGCAUUAUCAACAACAGCAGCCAGCCCCUCAGGAACAAAAUGUAGUCGCACCUAUCAAGAUCAAGCUGCCCUUCUCCACCAUUGCCCCGUCAGAGUCCCUGCUGAGGACAGACUCUCUGUCCAGCAGCGAGCCCGUUCUGUCCGAUGGCUCGCUGGGCUCGGCUCCGUCUCUGGGCCUGAGUCCUGGACCCAGCAGCGCCAUGGAAAUCAGCAGGAGCGACCUGGACCAGACUCAGGACGAGCAGCAGCACAGAGCUGGAGAGGUGAUGAUGGAGGAAUGGAAGAAAGAAGCCGACGAUGCUCUGAAUCCAGACGACUGGGCUGCUGUGCACAAGCUGGCCUCUUCUGCAGAGGACUUCAAACCUGGCUUCAUGGCCUCUUUUCUGGACUUCCUGAAGGCGGGAAAGAAGCCGGAGCUUCCAGCAGACCGUGAUGGAUGUCCGCAGGAAAAUCUAGACACUUGCUGCUCUUUGAAAGGAGGUAUCAGGCCCCUGUCGUCAUCUCCUUCUUCACUACCGUCGACUCCUCCACCACAACCCACAGGGACUUUCAGUGACGAAGGGCAGGGCGAGGGGGAGGAGCUGGCCCUCAGUGGUUGCCCCAGCCCCUGCAAGCCUCUUGAUGAAGAGCUGAAGGGAAAUCUGGAGGCGCUUCCAUCCUUCUCCUCUGACGAGGAAGACUCCGUCAGUAAGAACCAGGACCUGCAGAAGAGCAUCUCCUCUGCCAUCUCUGCCCUCUACGACACGCCCCACUCGCUGGCUGCUGCCAUGGCCUCCGCCAUGAUGAAGGCACAGCCUCCCCUCACCCCAACCACGCCACAAGAGCCUUCCCUCAGCCCUCUCCUCCCUGCCAGGCCUCCCCCCAUCCCUGAUCUGAAACAGACGAAAGAGGAGAUCCUCCCUUGCACACCACCUCGUGUUAAGGAGGAUGAGGAGCAGAAGCGGAUGUCUUCGUGUUCAAACGGAGCAGAAACCAAAGAGACUGAGCACAGCGAUGAAGAAAAGACCAGAGGAGGUCAGGAGGAAGUGAUCAAAGAGAUGCUGAAUCUGCAGGAGGAGGAGGAGCCAAGAGAGGAGGCACAGGAGGAGGUUCCAGGGAUGCAGACUUUACAGACUCCCAAAGCUCAAGAUUCCCCGUCUGCUCCUGCUGCACCUCCAUGCUCGUCUCCUUCCGCCUCCCCCUCACGCCAUAAACGUUCCUCCCCCCUUCCUCUCUCCCCCCUAAGUUUCUCUGUGCCCUCCCCCCCGCCCACCAAGCAGGAGGAUGGGACUCCUGGAUUCUCCUCCUCCUCCCAGCCGUCUUCGUACCAUCCAGUCCCGAACACGGGAGCCUCCCUGCCCCCCUCCACCUCCCCCCCAGCCAGCCUCCCAUCGCCGCUCUCCAACCUCCCUCUGAGUCUGCCAAUCCCCCCUCCAUCCACCACGCCUCCACCGUCGUCCUCCGACCAGGACCAGGACCCCGAAGCUGGGCAGCCGUCUCCCUCCUCGCCCACCUCCUCUUCCUCAUCCUCUCAGCCCCCGUCCCCCCCAACACCAGAGGAGGCCCCAGCCUCCCAGCGCCUCACCGCCCUCCACCUGGCAAAGAAGCAGGCCGACGCCGCCAUCGCAGGGGAGAGCGAGGAGGAGGACAGCGAGAGCGGGGGGGAGGGCAUCUUCCGGGAGAGGGACGAGUUCGUGGUUCGGACAGAGGACAUCGGAACUCUGAAGAUGGCUCUGCAGACCGGCCGGGAGCCCCCACCCAUCUGGAGGGUCCAGAAGGCUUUACUGCAGAAGUUCAGCCCUGAGAUCAAAGACGGUCAAAGGCAGUUCUGUGCAACCAGCAACUACCUGGGAUACUUCGGAGACGCUAAAAUGCGUUACCAGCGUCUCUACGUGAAGUUCUUGGAGAACGUGAACAAGAAGGAUUACGUCAGGGUUUGUUCCCGGAAGCCGUGGCACCGGGCCGGCCUGACGCUCAGGCGCCAGUCACUCGCCAAACAGCUGCCCAGCAUCCACGCUCAAAGCCAGCAGCGCAUGGAAAGGCAGAAGGAGAAGGAGGUGAAGGAGCAGAGAGACAAGCUGCAGAGGGAGCACAGGGAGAAGAUGGAGCAAAGGGAAAAAGAGAGAAAGGAGGAGAAAGAGAGGCAGGAAAGGGAGCAAAAAGAAAAGAUGACGAAAGAAAAAGAGGAAAGGGAGCAGAGAGAGAGAGAAAAGGAGGCAGAGAAGAAGAAGGAGCAGAAAGAAAAGGAACACAAAGAUGUGGGCAGAUGGGAAGAGGAGAGAGGACAAAAAGAAAGAGAAGUGAACGAAAGCAGAGACAGGGAACAGAGAGAACAGGAAAGAGAAAGAAAAGAAAAAGAGGACAAACAGAGAGAGACAGCACUGAAAGAAAUGGAGAAACAACAGAGAGAACAGAAUGAAAGAGAGAGACAAGAAAAGGAGAAACGGAAGGACAGAGAGCCGACGGAGGAGGAGAAACAGAGUGAGCAGAGAGAAAACAAGAGAAGAGAAACGGAGAGAGAGAACCAAAGUGAAAGAGAGCGAGGGGAUGGAGGAGGGGAACUGAUGAGGGCAAAAGAAGAGAAGAGAGAAGAGAGAAAGGUGGAGAGUCAGUCCAGAAGCCGGAUGCCACGAGACAAGGCUGAGCCCCCCCCAAAGAAGAGGAAGAAGUGGCUGAAGGAGGUGCCGUCCUCCUCGGACUCAGACUCCUCCAUGCCCAGCGAUGACGAGGGGCCUCUGCGCGCCCUGGUGAACAGCCGCGCCAUGAGGGAGAUGUUCAGGAGCUACGUGGAGAUGCUGGUCAGCACGGCGCUCGACCCCGACAUGAUCCAGGCUCUGGAGGACACCGACGAUGAGUUAUACCUCCCACCUAUGCGGAAAAUUGACAGCCUGCUGAGCGAACAGAAGAAGAGGCUGCUGGGUAGAGUCAACAUGAGCUCUCAGCACCAGGAGGCCUUACAGCUGUUUCCCAAAAUGACAGCAGACCCUCUGGAGUCCGGAGCCGUCAGGGUCCACCUCGGCGGGGAGGGCUACAACCGCAAGACGUUAAAUCGGGUCAAGAAGAGCAUUUCCAAGCAGCAGGACAUGAAGCUUUCAAUAGAAACGUGUCGCAUUUACAGCCUGUACCAUUCUCUCCAUCACUACAAGUAUCACACCUUCCUGCAUUGUAAGAAGGAGACGGACAGCAUCGAGCAGGCCGCUGAGGACCCGGGCCAGGAGGAGGUGGUGCAGCAGUGCAUGGCCAACCAGAGCUGGCUGGAGAGCCUCUUCAACUCCUUCGUGGAGCUGCUCAGCCUCAGCUGCAAAGCCUGAAGGGCGGCGGCGGCUGGAGGAACGGCGUUUGUGGCGCUGCAGACGUCUGUGAAUGUGAUGGACGACCUCCAAAUUCAAAUCCGAGAAAUCUGAUCCCCACGAGCGACCUGUCCAUAAAGAUGCAUUGAUGCCUAUGGUUUAUAUGAUUUAAACGAGGUGGUUUUUAAACCCCCCACCCUGAAGUGGGUUUGUUUUUUUUGUUGGUUUGUGUUAAAGGGGUGUACAUAAAAUAUCCCGCCUCCUGUUAGAUGAGUGGCAGACGAAGAUGAAAGGACUAUUUGACAGAAGAAGCAGAUAAACGGUCGGUGAAGGACAGGAGGGAGGGGCUUUCAUGCUAUAGAAAAAUGUCACAAAGGAGUUUCUUAAAGAAAGUGUGAGCUGAGAGGAUCCAACAUCAAACUGUAAGUGUCCGUGUUCAGUGUCAGUCGUUUGAUCUCUUUGUUGUUGGUUGAUUUUCGCUCCUGUUUGACCUCUCAGAGAAUUUUUUUGCAAAGCGAUUUUCUUGUUUUCGGGUGUACAUAUUGUACAGCGACGUCAUUCUCUAGAUCACAUUUGCUUUUCUGUAAAUGAAAUUCCUGUAUUUGACAUAAGAAAUAAAACUUCAAAUGAAAAUACUGAUCAAUAAGCAGCUGAAUGAGGAC